AUGGUUCCUUCCAUUUCGCUCAUCGCUGCUGUCACAGCACUCUCUGCCAUUGCAAACGGUGCUCUGGUCAGAGUCAGUGACUUUGGCAAGAACCCAACGAACCUCCAGAUGAACAUCUACGUGCCCACCAAGCUUGCGGAUAAACCCCCAGUGAUUCUAGCGCUUCAUCCAUGCGGUGGCACCGGCGAACAAUUUGCACAGAUGACGAAGUACAACUCCCUGUCUGAUUCAAAGGGGUUCAUUACUAUCUUCCCAUCAACUAAGAAGGAUAACAACUGCUGGGAAGUUAACACCUCUAAGGGAUUAUCACGCGACGCUGGAGGAGACAAUGAGGGCCUAUCCAAUAUGGUCAAAUACACCCUCAAGAAGUACAACGCCGAUGAGACCAAGGUUUUUGUGACGGGUUCCUCCUCAGGAUGCAUGAUGACCAAUGUCAUGCUAGCGACCUACCCCGAUUUAUUCAACGCCGCUUCCUGUUACUCUGGAGUUGCGGCUGGCUGUUUGGCAGGAUCACCUGGCGCAAGCCCUCAAAGUGCAGACCCAACCUGUGCGAAUGGAAAGGUUGUUAAAACAUCUGCUGAAUGGGCUGCGCAAGUCAAGGCCAUGUACCCUGGAUUCAACGGCACCUACCCACGCAUGGCGACCUGGCACGGAACCGCAGAUACUUUUGUUAACUACCCAAAUCUCGCUGAGCAACUAAAGGAAUGGUCUGGUCUUUUGGGUGUCACCUUCGCAAAGAAUGUCACCAACACUCCACAGUCGGGAUACACGCAAAUGGUAUAUGGUGAUGGAACGAAGCUCUUGGGGUACAGCUGCCAGGGUGUUGGCCAUACCGUACCGGUGCAUGAGAACGAUGAUCUGAAGUGGUUUGGCCUGUGA